AACAAUAUGGGUGUUGCAGUUGUAGCUUUGUGGAUAACGUAAAUCAUAUUUAAAUCUCUACCUAAAAGUGAAUCGCUUGCAUUAAAUGACUUAAAGUUUAUUUAAGGAAAUGAAACCGAGGACGGGAAAACCACGGGAAGUGACGAGUUAGAAGGCUAGCCAUAUUGUAAUUGGAUAUAAAUUUUAGAUAUGAAUCAUGAUCUUAUAUUUGGAGAUAUUAUUGGAGACUUAUGAUAUCAGAGUAAAUUAUGAAAUUUGAUCUUCAGAUUUUGGUGGUAUCAGAGUGUGAUGUGAUAAGUUCUGAGCCUUGUGCAUUUGUGGGACCCAUCUCACGAGUGCACGGCGUCUGCCACGUUCCCGGGUUUGGGUUCUGGGGCGUGACAGGAGUCAUGCACGGCGGUGACUCUAACCCGGCAUCCAGUGAAGACGAUGAUGACGUGGCACUGAAGGACAGCCAGGCAGUGGGGAAGUCAACUAUGCAAGAAAGGACGGCUAUUUGUUCCCAAGAAAGGCAUGAGGAGGGAUGUUCAAUAGACGCAGUUGGUGAUAGCCUGACACCGCCGAAAAAUUCAAAUGAUUACAAAAAUUUGAAUGGAGAAGAUGGUAAGCAAGUGGUAGAUGGAACGAAGCAACCCUCUGAACACUCCAGUAGUAGUCCCGGAUGGACUAUUGAGAAAAAUAAUGGGCCAAUUUUGGUAGCCCAACAAAACUCCACCAAUUUGCAAGAAUUUAACAAUAUUGGGCCUGACGUCAAUGUUAACUAUGAUGGGCUUAGCAAAUCAACACCUGGUUGUAGCAAAUCCAUUCCAAAGCAGUCAACCGCUGUAGUUUCAUCACUCAAUAGCCUAGCGAAUCUGGAAAAUAAUUCCAAGAGUAAGGCUGAUCUUGAGCAGCGAAUGGAAGAGGACUCAGAAAGAACAAGCCGAGAUGCAAGGAAGAAACAGAGAAAGAAGAAGAAGAGUAAGAAGAUCAGAUCGUGCCAAGCGGUGUACAAGGAUUCCAAUCCAGAAAUGGCUAUUGGGGUUCAGAAGAUGGGUCGUGGACGGUCAAGUUUAUUAAAGGAAUUGGGAGAAAAAGUCCCUGAAUUCUACCCAAAAGACACCAACUCUGUAGCGGGGGCAUCAAUUACAGAUAGUACUAUUGAAAACUGCAAAAGAGGGUUCCACAAUAAGGAUAGAGUCACUUCAGCUCUAGAUGCGUGGAAUCUCAUCAAGGAUAUGGGCUUCGCUGCUGAUGGGAAUGAAGAUGAAAUCAUCAAGAAGAUUGAGUUGAUAGAGCAGAGGGACAUUAAUGCUAAAAAACAAGCACUGGAAAGCAAUACGGUGAACGGUGGUGAGGUACGUAUAUUUCAUCCAUGAUUAUUCUCUCUUAUAAUGUGCGAGGCUUGGGUGGUUCGGACAAGAAAAGAGAAGUAAAGGAAUGGGUAAUAAAGGAAAAAGUGCAGUUUCUAGCUUUGCAGGAGUCAAAAUUAGAACAAGUUAGUCAACAAACUUGUAGAGCUUUAUGGGGUACAGAUGACUUUGAAUUUGCUGCUAUGCCUUCUAUUGGUCGUUCGGGUGGAUUGAUUUGUGUUUGGGAUAACAAUAUUUUCCAGCUGAAUAGAAUUUUUAGCGGAGA